UCUCAAGGCAUUAUUAUUUGUAACUUCUUAAAGGUUUUUCAUCUUAUAACUGAAGUUUUUUCACAAACAAAAAAUCCAACUGCAAAUUUGUAUUUCUAUGAAAUUUGGAGAAUCAAUAUGCUCUUGAUUGAAGAAUCUAGAAGUCAGAAUGCAGUUGUGAUGAUGAUGGCUUUAAAGAUGCAAGAAAAAUUUGACAAGUAUUGGAAGGAAUGCUCUCACAUUCUUGCUGUAGGGGUUGUUCUUGAUCCAAGACAUAAGAUGAAUCUUAUUAUUUAUUGCUUUCAGACAAUCCAUGGUAAUGGUGAUCGUGCUUCAUUUGAGAUCAACAAAGUGCGUGAAGUUCUUCAAACUUUGUAUGAUAAUUAUGCAAUUUUAUAUGGCACAAAUGUCUCUCUUGUUCAAGUGGAUGAGAGGGUGUCUACAUCCCAAGGUGGAAGACAUGAGAAUCGUUUUAUGCAUGGCUAUAAAGAAUUCAUCCACGGAGUACAAGUUACCCAACCAUCGAAGUCAGAAUUAGAGACCUAUUUGGAAGAGAAGGUUCAUCCAUUAGAAGAUCAAAAUUUUGACAUUCUACAGUAUUGGAAAUUCAAUGAAUCUAAAUAUCCAAUAUUGUCUAGGAUGGUACGUGAUAUCUUGGCAAUUCCCGUUUCUACCGUGGCAUCUGAGUCUGCCUUCAGCACUGCUGGCAGGGUUUUGGAUGAUUUUCGUAGCAGUCUAUCUCCGAAUACGGUUGAGGUAUUGAUAUGCGCACAAGAUUGGCUUCGAGAUAGCUUGCCUCAUCUUGCAGAUAUUCCACCUCCUCAUACAAAAUACAAGGUUGAAGAUUACGAAACUGUUGUUGAUAUUAAUACCGAUGAUUAGCUUAUGCUGGAUGGUGGUAAUCUAUCUUAACUGAUGUUCUUGAUUGUUUCUGCCGUGCGGGUGAUCCUUUAGCUGUGGUCGAAUGGAUGAAGAAAAUUGUGGUUCAUUAUACAUGUUCUUAGUUAUGUAAUUCUAAAAUUCACUGAAUAUGAUGUUGAUGCUAUGAUGCAUCCUUUUUGGAUUGUCAUAUGGGGUUGAAUUUUGCUUUGAAAAAUUCUGUGAAAAAUUGGUUCAACUUUUGAGCUUCAUCCUUCUACAUGAAUAUCUUCUGCUUUCCCUUUUUGUACUA